GUCAUUUUAAAAUGACAAAAUAUUCAUUCAUUCUCUUCUUCUCCAUACACCUGUGCAUCCUGGUGUGUUUGAGCACCACACAGCACCACGGACCCUGGAGACACAAGGUAAAGUGGGAAACUAAUGGACAGGUUUACAGUUUACUGAGCACCGGUUCUCAGUAUCACACACAUUUUUCUGCAAAAAGGAACGCAAGGUUUUUAUUGACAAGGCUUAUGCCAACAUUCUCAAGCAGGAUUUUCAUGGGACAUUUUGCCAAUACUAAGAUACACACAGUUGGGCAUGCGGUGCAUUCAAACUCUAUGCCAGGGCACAGUCUUGGUAUGGAUGCAAGACCCUACAUGAUGUCUGGUUACGCAUCUCACAUGAGGAAUAAUAACCAGAUGCCUUUGCAUGCAACUGCACUUUCUUCUGACGAAGCUCUGCGUCCCCAGCCCAUCCAAUAUGGGACAGCACCGACUGGCACAACUACACUGGAAGCUUCAGGGAGCUCAAGAGCAUCAGGACGCCAUCAUUUAGUUACCAGCACACCAAUGCCAAAACAAACAUCACCCAUUGCAGCUACUGGAAAACCACCCACUAUCAAUUCUGAGAAGAAUCCGCUUCCUCAACUUUCCACUUUGACCGGGAGUAAAAUUGCUAAUGAAUCUAAACUUUCAACAAGAACCAGUUUGGCUGCACCUUCAGCAACUGUUAACAACAGAAAUACAGUAAAUCCUCCCCUCCAGGGUGCGGAAAGAAGAGGAGGUGACAGUAUGACUGGUGAUGAACCAACGAAUCCUCAAGUAAACUCGUUUUACUAUAAUCUGCUCCCGUAUGGAAGUGUCGAUAGAUCUCCUCAGAGAGAAACGGGUCAUGGUACAAGCUAUUUUCAUAACGGUCUGCCUGAUCUCAUUCCCGAUCCAUACUAUAUCCAAGCAGCAUCUUAUAUCCAGAGAGUUCAGAUGUACACAUUAAGAUGUGCUGCAGAAGAGAACUGCCUCUCCAGUUCAGCAUACAACUCGAGAGUGAGGGACCUUGAUUACAGAGUGCUUCUCAGAUUUCCUCAGAGGGUCAAAAAUCAAGGCACAGCAGACUUUCUCCCUGUGAAACCACAUCAUCAGUGGGAAUGGCACAGCUGCCAUCAACAUUAUCACAGCAUGGAUGCCUUCAGCAAUUUCGACCUCCUGGACGCCCCCACGGGCAGAAAGGUGGCUGAGGGACAUAAAGCCAGUUUCUGUCUGGAGGACACCAGCUGUGAUCCGGGUGUGAGGAGAAGAUACGCCUGCACAGCUCACACACAGGGAUUGGGCCCAGGCUGCUAUGACACCUACCAUGCCAACAUCGACUGUCAGUGGAUUGAUAUUACGGAUGUUUCUCCUGGAGAUUAUAUUCUAAAGGUAACCGUGAACCCAGGUUUCCAGGUGCAGGAGUCUGAUUUCUCCAAUAAUGUUGUUCGAUGUGACAUCAGAUACACUGGGUCGUAUGUCCAAGCAUAUAACUGCAGAAUCACAGGGUGA